GUUUGAAUACGUUCACAAGAAACAGACGGGCGGAGCAGGCCAGUAUGGCAAAGUUAUAGGUGUGCUUGAGCCCCUGGAGCCGGAGGACUACACAAAACUGGAGUUUGAAGACAGAACCAUUGGCACAAAUAUUCCCAAACAAUUUGUGCCUGCUGUUGAAAAGGGAUUCCGAGACGCAUGUGAAAAAGGUCCAGCGUCGGGGCACAAGAUAUCUGGAGUCCGGUUUGUCCUGGAAGAUGGUGCACAUCACAUGGUGGACUCGAAUGAAAUCUCUUUCAUCAGAGCGGGAGAAGGAGCCCUAAAGCAAGCUAUGGAAAAUGCCACUGUGCGUAUACUUGAACCCAUUAUGGCAGUGGAGGUGAUGGCACCCACGGAAUUCCAGGGAGCCGUGAUAGCUGGAAUUAAUCGCCGACACGGAGUGAUCACAGGACAGGACGGCAUAGAGGGUUACUUUACUCUUUACGCUGAGGUGCCGCUGAAUGAUAUGUUUGGAUACGCCACUGAGCUGAGGUCUUGCACAGAGGGAAAGGGUGAAUAUACGAUGGAAUACUGUAAAUACCAACCGUGUUUGCCCAGCACUCAAGAAGAAAUAAUUAACAAAUACCUCGAAGCAACAGGACGACUUCCUGCAAAAAAGGGCAAAGCCAAGAGCUGACUUUUGUCCUCUUGAGGACACAGAACAGUUUUUCACUGUCUGCUCUUAAAGCUCAGUUCUCUGCGCGAUAGAAGCAGUUGAG